CCCCAGGCGAGACUCCAGCCCAACAUCUUGAACCCCACUUCGGAGGAGUUGGUGCACUUCCUGUUUGGCCCCCUGAAAAUGGAGGGGGAGGCAUCGGGGGGCCCGGAGUUCGCCAGCGAGAUCCGCUCGCCCAUGCUGACCCGGGAGGCCAUCGCCCUGCUGCGGGGCUGCCUGGGAGCCCAGGAGGCCGAGCUGUGGGGCUCACUGGGCGACAACUGGACCCGGCCCCGGGUGGAUUUCCCCCGGGACCACGCCGCCCCCUAUAACCUGAGCUUCCAAAGCGGCUGGGCCCCGCCACGCCUGGGCCCCGAUGGGCAGCCCUGGGAGGACCCCGUGGAGACUCAGCACUUACACGAGGCUCGCCGGGGAAGUUUUGCUCCCUUCUUCCCCCCCAGCCAUCAACACCCAACAGAAGGCCAGUUUGUGAGCUGCACCUAUGACUUUGUAGCCAGGAACAACAAUGAGAUGUCUGUGCUGCAGGGGGAGACUCUGGAGGUGCUGGACAACUCCAAGAAGUGGUGGAAGGUCCAGAACCGCUCCGGCCAGCAGGGCUACGUGCCCUACAACAUCCUCAGCCCGCUCCCCGCCAGCCAGAGCCACGGCCUGGGCCACCUGCCCCCUCCUCCCCUCAGGACGGUGAGCGCUCUGGGGGUGCUGAACGGGUCUCAGCUUUUCUCGCUUGGCAAGGCUGAAUUCCAGGCCAUCAGCCCCGAGGAAGGAACCAGAGUCUACAGCCAGGUCACGGUGCACAAAGCCAUGCUGGAGGACGUGAAGAAAAUCUCCGAACUGGAAGCCGUGAUGGAAAAGCAGAAGAGGAAAUUGGAGGGCACAACAGACGUGCCUCCCUCGUGAGAAAGCCAAGGACCCGGUGGCCCCCGGCUG